GCAAGAGAAAAGAAAAAAAAUAAUCAAGAUGAUGAUCAACUUCCGCAGUGCUAGUCUUAUAAUAAUCUUGGCCCUUGGCUUGUUGGUAGCAACAUCCGGGGCUCAACAAUGUGGAACACAAUAUCCCAAUUGUAACUGUCCAGAAGGGUAUUGUUGCAGCAUCUACGGAUACUGCGGCACCACCGACCCCUACUGUGCCCCCGGAAACUGCCAAUGCCAAUGCCCCGCUUCUUCUGCGAAAGUAAAUCCCAUUUCUCCCGACGACGUCAGCAAUAUCAUUUCUGAGGCCCUCUUCGAAGAAAUGCUUCUCCAUCGGAACAAUCCGGUUUGCCCUGCUCAUGGCUUCUACACUUACGAGGGUUUCAUUACCGCCUCUAGACAUUUCCCUGAGUUUGGUGCUACUGGCACGCUUGAAGAUCGUAAGAGAGAGAUCGCGGCCUUCUUCGGCCAAACUUCUCAUGAAACCACAGGAGGAUGGCCCCACGCACCGGAUGGUCCGUAUGCCCAGGGAUAUUGCUUUGUUAGAGAAGUAGGCAACCCACUUGACUAUUGUGUUCCUAACACUGAAUGGCCCUGUGUUGCUGGUCAAAGUUAUUACGGCCGAGGACCAAUCCAGCUCAGUCACAACUACAAUUAUGGGCCAGCAGGAGCCGCACUUGGAUUAGACCUACUUAGCAAUCCCAAUCUAGUUACCACAGACGUCGUUGUAUCAUUCAAGACGGCCUUAUGGUUUUGGAUGACUCCACAGUACAACAAACCGUCGUGCCACGAAGUUAUAGUCGGCGCAUGGAAGCCAACUCCAAAAGACAUAGCAGCCAACCGACUUCCGGGCUACGGUGUGACCACCAACAUCAUCAAUGGAGAUCUAAAAUGUGGCCAUGGUCCUGAUGAUUGGGUGAAAGAUAGAAUUGGCUUCUAUCUGAGAUACUGUCACUUGCUGGGAGUGGACCCUGGGGAUAACUUGGAUUGCUAUAAUCAAAGGUCUUAUGGGGUUACUCUUAGGAAUCCAAAAUAUGGGAUACUCAAAAUGCCUGUCGACAAGGCAUAAUAAUGUAUAUGGGACGAGAAUAAAACAUCAUAUGUAAUCAUGAGCUUUUUGAUCCUGAUAUCAAGAAAAAGC